AUGAUGGAGCAUAAAGGGAGCUGCGUCUCUCUUGAUCAAAGCAGCCUUAGGGGUUUGACACAAAAACGACAGAAGAUUGAUGUGCCUCUCUCUUCCAAGGAAAAGAAAGAGAAGGUUAGCGAACGAAUUUCAGCUCUUCAACAACUUGUCUCACCCUAUGGAAAGACAGAUACAGCAUCGGUUCUUCUAGAGGCAAUGGAAUACAUAAGAUUCCUUCAAGAGCAAGUCAAGGUAUUGAGUGCACCGUACUUGUACAGUACACCAACGACUAAUACACAGGAAGUCGAGCCUCUUGACCUUAAAAGCAAAGGCUUAUGUCUCGUGCCAAUUUCGUUUACUGAUGGAGUUGCCAGUAGCAACGGCGCCGAUAUUUGGGCCCCGAUAAAGACAAGUUCCCCGAAUUCAAGAAGACCGAUAUCAGACGAAGCUUCAGUGUUAACUUACAGCUGA